GCUCUCGUUGCUCUCGUUAUUCUCACAUUUCCGACUGUUCCUUUCUUUUUUUAGUCAUUCGACAAUCCAUUAUCCAUCCAAUAAAAUUUGAUUAUAAAUCGUAUGACACAGUUGUCAUUUGUCGCAAGUAGCAUGUCAUGCUGUGUAUCGAAAGUGUUAAAAAAGUGUUGGUAAAAGUUUUGUUUAAAUUUGUUUCCUGCGACUAAAUUAAAUGUGUUUUACGUCGUUCUUUAACAAAUGUGUCUCUUAAUUUAAAAUUCGAUAAUAAACUAAUAAAUUGGACGCUUUAAAUAAUUUUAAGAAUGAAAUUUUAUAAGCAAAAACUGUUAUCGGAUGUUCAGUUGAAGAAGCUGGGAGAGCACCAAUAUUCUUGCCAAAGUGUUAGUUUUUUAGAUAAAAUUUUACAGCCGUAUUGGUGUUGGUUGGUUUUAAAAGUUCCCAUAUGGCUAGCACCAAAUUUAAUUACAAUACUCGGGCUUUUUGUGAAUAUAUUUACAGCUUUAAUAUUAAUAUGGUAUUCGCCAGAUGCAAGAGCUGAGGCUCCAAGAUGGUCUUGUGCUUUGUGUGCACUUGGAUUAUUUAUUUAUCAGAGUUUAGAUGCUAUAGAUGGUAAGCAAGCAAGAAGGACAAACUCUUCUAAUCCGCUUGGGGAACUUUUUGACCAUGGAUGUGAUUCAAUAUCUACAGUAUUUGUUGCCCUUUCUGCAUGCAUAGCAGUUCAAUUGGGUCAUUACCCAGGGUGGAUGUUUUUCCAGUGUUUUUGUGCAGUUACGCUUUUUUAUUGUGCACAUUGGCAAACAUAUGUGUCUGGGACGCUCAGAUUUGGCCGUGUCGAUGUUACAGAAGCCCAAUUUACUAUUAUAGGAAUUUUAAUUAUAUCCGCCAUUUUUGGCCCAAGUAUAUGGUCCAUAAAGAUUUUUAGUGAUUCUUUUGAAUUGUGGUACCUAAUACCUUCGAGCACUCUAAUGUGUGGAUUAGUGGCUAUGUACAGCAACUUAAUUGUUAUAUUUACUGGCGGAGUAGGCAAGAACGGAUCCACUGUCGCUGGUACCAGCGUAUUAUCGCCAAUCAUACCAUUUUCAAUGGUUUUGGUUCCGGCAUUCAUUAUUUAUAAAAAAUCGACGCAAGAAAUCUAUCAAAACCAUCCUGCCCUGUAUAUUCUGGCGUUCGGUUUGGUCGCUGCCAAGGUCACUAAUAGACUAGUAGUGGCCCAUAUGACUAAAAGCGAAAUGGACUAUACAGAUUGGUCACUUCUGGGACCGUCGAUGUUAUUUUUAAACCAAUAUUUCAAUACUUAUAUUAAUGAACACUACGUAUUGUGGUUAUGUAUGAUAUGGGUAACAAUCGAUCUUCUAAGGUAUUGCUCCCAAAUUUGCCACGAGAUCUGCGAUUACCUUCAUUUAGAGCUCUUCAGGAUACCGUACCCAGGAGGUCCGAUAAGAGCACACGUUCCAUCUAAUUCAUCUACAGUAGAAAAAAAUGUUUUGAAUGAGUCCAGAUUUUGAACGUCGUUGGUUAUUUAGGAUAUGGUCCAAUAUUAACCGACUACUAACCACAACUAACCAGGAUAUUUGGACAGUGGUUCCUGAGAAAAACUACUUUGUUGGUUACAUCCGAGAUUUAUGUCACUUUUGUGACAGAUUGACAUUCGAGUUAAGGCUGUGUUUCCCGACAAAUGGCGGCAAAAUGACAUGUAAAAAAACACUUUCAUUUCGUGCAAGUUAAUUUAAAAAAUGUGUACUUUAUUCAAGUUUUCAAAAUAUUUUAUGAUUCUGUAUGGUAUUAACUUUAUGAUGAUACCAUUUAUAUUGCUAAAAAGAUUUGCGUAACAAGUUAUAUAAAAAUUUUAUUCACACAUACUUACAGGCAUGCAGAUCCGGUAAUAUAUUUAAAUGUAAUUCAAAAUUGAAGAAAUAAUAUAAAAAUUCUUGUAUAUCAAUGGAUUCUCCAAAACUUUUUGUAUACUACGCUCUAUCAUUGUAAAUAAACACAUAAUAAACUCAUAGACCUGCACGGAAGUUAAAAGUUCUUGUAUAUAUUGAAAAAUAGCCAUUUUGUCACUAGAUUUUAGUUCAGUACAAUUGCCGCGAGGUGUUACCCGAAACUUUAGUAACUUUCUUCUUUUAAAAUAAAAAAAAUGGUCUGCUAUUCAUAUAUUAUCCAGUUAAACCAGCUGAUCGGAGGCAAACGAAACACAAAACUAUUAAAUGAUAUCUCAUCGUGAUAGCGCAGCCUUUUUUUCCCUGGGCUCGUCUGACUAUGUCUCCGAAUAAUCCUGAAGCCUAUUGGCUUAUUGUGUUUUACCCCAUGUUAGUUCAUAACACCCACUCUGUCACCUUUAUACCUUGUACAAGUUUGUACAGAUCCUUGGAUGAGUGGGUUCUAUACGUUGUUGGAUCAUCCUGGGGUUGUCCAAAAAGAAUCUGUCUUUUGCGAUCUAGAGCUUCGCAUUCGCCGUUUCUGGUUUCUUGUGACAUAGUCGGCACAUAAGUUCCCAUUUUACAUGCCUAUUUUGUUCAAGGGUCCCUUUACUGGGACCUUCCCAGUCAUGAACCCUAUUAUCACUUUCAACUGGUUCCUAUUCAUAAAGAGUAAUUCUCCAGUUCUUUUGGGACAUGGUCUGCCUAUGAAGGUAGAACAUGUGCCUGUUUUGGACUGCUUCCCCAAUAGUUAAUAUGUUGUUCCCGAAUCCAGUCGUUUAUGAAACCCUGGACUGUACUUUUUGGUACUCUCGGGUUUGUGUCUAGUUCCGGUGUUUCUUCUGACCCUCUUUUUACAAGUUCGUCAGCCUUUUCGUUGCCUUCGAUCCCUUGGUGACCUGGCACCCAAAAUAGUUUUACUGUAUUUCGGUCUGCCAGUGUUUUUAGUUUUUCGAUGCAUUCCCAUACCAGCCUUGACGUAACUUUCUUACUUGAUAUGGCCUUAAGUGCCGCUUGGUUGUCUGACAUUAUUUGAAUAUGCCGAUUUUCGAGAGCUCUUUCAUUGUUCGUUUUUGCACAUUGUAAAAUUGCGUACACCUCAACCUGAAAUACCGAGGAAUGUAUUCCUAUAGCAUAGCUAUUGUUAGUAUCAGGGUUUUUGGAGAAUACUCCCCCCCCCCCCAGUGUCUUCCGCAAUCUUUGACCCGUCUGUAUACCAGGUUUGUUCCUGUCGUUAUGCAUUGGGCUCCCUUAUGAUCUCUGCUUUUUUCUGUAUUAAAACCUCAAAUGUAGUAUUAAAAGAAUACCUCUUGGUUAUGUGGUCUGAUCUCAUGUCUAGCACGUCUCCUGUCACUAACCUUGAGAUACUCAUGUGACCUGGCCUAAUGUCAAGAUUUCCCAGUGUAUUCCCUAAUCUGUAAGCACCUAGUCUUGCCUCCGCAGCCUUAAUGGUAAAUAGCGUUUAGUAAAUUGACGUUUUAGUCACCAUUUUUUGCUAACCGCGUCCCUAAUUUAACCCUUUUUUUCAGGAAUGUCAAGCAGAGUGGUUAUUUUGGAAUGAGUAACCGAUAUUUUCGGUUAAUAUCGGACCAUAUCCUUAAACUUUUUAAUUAUAUGCAAUACAGUCGAAUUAUAUUCCGCCUUGCAAAUGUCUAUUCAUAAUUUUUGCAUGCACCGGCCUUUGAUACUUACUUGCGGUUCAACAAAUGGUUGCAAACGAAUCUAACAAGGUGUAGGAUGUUCCAUUACUUUCUAAUUACUUACUAAUAUAUCAUUAGGUAUUAAAAAAAAUAAGCUAUCUUUGGAUUGUUCUUUUUAUUCUGGUCCUAUCUGUGAUGCCUGCAUGCUCUGUGUUAUAGGUAAAAAAAACUAGUAAAACAUAACUCAUAGUGCCAAAAAAAAUGUUGAAAACAUUUUAAAUAGAGUUUGUGUAUUAUUUGUAAUAUAAUUGUAUUCCCAAGAUAUCCAGCUGUUUUUUGUGUAUAUCCAAUAUAUGUAUGUUAGCUGUUGCACGAUACACUCCAGGGGGGGAUAUCGCGCAUGGUGUCAUGGCGGCGCUGACGUCAUGCGUAGAGUUAGUAGAGCUGGCGUGAAAUAAAUAUCAUAUGACAGACGCAUGUUGCAGUAGUUUGUGAGUCGUUUAUAAGAUACUAAGCAGAUAUUUGUAUUAUAUUGUGUUGUAAACUUUAUUCUCUGUGAGUGGUUUUAAUAAAAAACAUUGAAAAAUUGCAGUACGGAUGUAACAGUAACAAUUAAAGGAAAGGAUUCAAGAAAGAUAUUACGGUUUCUCGCUUUCCUCGACAGUAAGAGCUUAGUUAGAAGUAGCCCAAGGGCGGCUCCAGCGGAGGCCCAGGGGAGCAUGCCGUUCCCUAGAUUAAAAUUCUUAAAAUCCAUGAGCAUUUUAUUAAAAAAAAAAAUAUGCUAAAUAGGCAAUUCUACCAUCCUUCCCAAGAAAAUUCGGCAUGGAGCAGCCCUUGCAGUGGCUUGUGACCCUGCAGAUAAAUUUUCAUAUGUAUUCCAAGCACUUUCAACCUUCCAAUUAUAAAAGAGAUCUUAAAUCAGAACUUCACAUAAUGAACCAGUGUGAAUCACAAUGGUUAAUCCACAACUUGGGACUUUUAAACUGAAGACUCUACCCUUUGAAGGCUAAAAAUUUCGCAAUAUAAGCAAAAAUAAAAUUGUAAAUGUUACCAAAAAAAAAAAAAAAAUUCGACUUGUACUUGAUAAAUGAUUUAAAAAACUGUCAGCCACUAGGUCCAGGAAAAAUGCAGCGACAUAUUAUUUUAAUUUUGUAUUGUAACAGUUAUUUGUAUUGGUACAUUUUUUAUGUUUUGCAUUAUAUUAUAUGAAUGUCUGCAUUAUAUAAAAAAAAAUUAACUUAUUUUUAUUCAAUUGGGUAAAAUAAUGCAGGUAAAUGAGUUGCAAAUCCUAAUCAGGUAAAAAUUUCCAGCAUAUCCAGAUGUGAAAUUGUUACCAGAAUCCCCAGUUUCGAGUUGCGAAGAUACCCCUUAUUUUAUUAUCCUGGUUAUAAAAACUAUUCUUUAGAAGUCGAAUUUGUAUAAACAAAAUAAAUCAUUAAAAAAAAAAAGAAAAAACUGUUUAAAAAAAUAUUUCUUUUAUGUAUGUAUUUGCAUUUAAGUUCCUUCAUAGUUCUUUCCUUAACUAUCCCAUAAUAAUAUCCAUAGAUAUUUCAUGUAAUUUCUAAAAUAUUAUCUUUAAUAUUCAUCAAAUUUCUAUAAGUUAGCAUAUAUUUUCCUCACACUUCGUUAGUAUUUUUAAAUUCGCGCCUAUACAAACUCUACGCGUGACGCCAUGCGCGUGGCCGUCCUAUUUUUGACACUGUUGAUAUCCUACCUUUUAUUUUUUAUACCAUGGAUACACUCUGUUAUGUCUAUGCGCAUAUUUGUGACGUCAUUGUGAAUUGCCGUUAGUUUCUGAUAACUAAAUGCCAAUCUAUUUCGGUUGGACCUACAGAUCUGUUAUAUCACUAGACAGGACACGUCCAUAUACUGCCAAAAUUUGUUAACUGCAUUCAACAUUAUUUUGAAUGUUAAUAAUAAACAGUACAAAUUAAAAAUAAUUAUUUAGAAACAGUAUCUUUAAGGUUCACUGGCAGACAAAAUCAAAUUUCAGUAAAAUCAACUUUAAAUACAUUCUUUAUUUUCUAUUGCAUGUAAGUUUCUUGAAACAGUACUGUAAUAUACUAUUAGAAGUUUUCAAAAUUCGUGAGAUCAAUUAAAAAUGUGCUCUGCUGAAUUUAGACUCUAAUUGACUGUUUCUGAGUAUUACUGAAACAAACCUUUUAAUACGUUUUUCUGACAAGAAUGACAGAUAAGCUCAUUUAGGGUAAGUUCGGUUCGGAACUCGACGGAUCGGACAGAGCGCGCACGGAGUGCGUGACGUCAUAGACAGAGUUCGCUUUUUCUACAAUUUCAAGACGAACAAGGGGAAUGACAAAUGACACUAGUGAUAGUUUGCACUUGAAUACACUUUUGUGUGUGAAUGGACUGUAAAAAAUUAAUUUUAGUCAAAUAGGAAAUAUUUAUCACAAAAACAAACAAGAAAUAAUCCGUGUAAAACUGAUUAAUCAUAGAUCAGAAUAUUGACGUUUGACAUUUUUGACACAUUCCUACAGAUACCCGUUGAUCUCUACCGGCCAACUCGGGGAGGAGUGAGCGCGCUCUGAGUACGUGAUCUGUGGCAAAUCGAACAUAAAAGAGUACGCUCUGAGUACUAAAACGACCAUAAUUGAGGCAUACUGAGUGCAAUCUGAGUACAGCGAACGCCAAACCGAACUCAGCCUUAGGGUGUGGUCCGAUAUCAACGGAGUACUAACUAGAAUUUUUUGACAGUGAUUCCUGAAAACACUAAUUUGUUGGUUACAUUUAGACCACGGCGAAAGUUGCGUCACUUUUGUGACAGAUUGACAUUCGACUUGAUGGUAACCGUGAAAAUAUACUGGUUAGUGAAUUGACGUUUGAGUCACCAUUUUAGGUAACCGCGUCACUAAGGGUAUGGUCUGUUAUUAACCGAAAUAUCGGUUACUCGAUCCAAAACUAACCGCUCUGCUUGACAUUCCUGAAAAAUCGGUUAAAUUAGGGACGUGGUUACCUGAAAAUGGUGAUUUAAACGUCAAUUACGGUUACUAAUAAGUCGAAUGUAUAUGUCACAAAAAUGACGUAAAUCUCAACCGUGGUCCAAAAGUAACCAAGAAAUUAGUUUUUUUCAGGAACCGCUGUCAAAAAAUCCUGGUUACUAGCGAUUAGUAGUUACUAGCGGUUAAUAACGGACCAUGCCCUAAGUUAACAGGUUUUUCAAGAAUGUCAAGCAGAGUGGUUAGUUUUAGAUAGAGUAACUAAUAUUUUGGAUAAUAUCGGAUCAUACCCUUAAAACGAUAUUUUUGAUUCCACUCUUUCUUUGGAUUAAAUAUUUUGUUGUUUUUUUAAAACUUAUUUCUACAAUUUUAUUAAUUGUAUCAUUAACAAAAACCAAUGGGGUUUCUUUUGAGUCUAUUGUAUCUUGCUUGAGACAUAAGAAUGAGCUACUGAUUCUUGAAAUACAUUUGCACCCCCUUAUCUAAUAUAUUAUGCAGCUACAUGACAUUAGUAGUAUUAGUUACUUAAAUAGAUAAUCUUGUACAAAAAUUAAAUGUACAUGGUUGUGGGGAAGAGCAGAGUUACUUAAAGGCAGUUCAUCUACCUUUAAGGAACAGUGAACCUUGCCAAUUGACAUACGUCAUCUAUGUAUGUAUAAUGUCAAUUAAAGCAUUUAUUAUUAUUAUUAUAUUAAUGUAAAACAUCGUUUUAAAUGAUGGAGCUUAUCUGUCAUUCUUGUCAAAAAACUUAUUAAAGUCGGCAUCGAAUGUAUCUUCCUAAAUUGACGUCAAAUCAAUUUGCAGUGACGUAUUUUUGGUAAAUUUAUCAUUUCGUGUAGGCAAAAUGGCUGACUAGGAUAAUUAUAUCUGUGGUUUAUAAAUAUUUUAAUAAAAUAUUUAAUAGAGAUUAAAGCAUUUUUUCUAAAUAAAUAAAUAAAAUUAUACUCGUUUUAGAAUUAAUUAUUGGAAAAAAUUGAAUAUGAAAAAUUGACCAUCUUCUUUCUUGUUAAUUUGGCUAAUUGUAGUAGGGUUGGUUACAAGAAAAUUUGGGAUUCUUUCUAAAGAAAGAUUUUAAUUUUAAUAAAUGUGAACAGGAAAAUCAAAUAUACAGGGUGAUUCAAAAUUGAGUUCAAAGAUUUUAAGGGCGUAUUUACCAACCAAAACUAAGAAAAAAAAAUGUAUAUAAUCAUAUGUCCUAACUCGCUUCGUUUUCUAGAUACAGGGUGUCAAAGUUUUUUAAAAAAAAAUCGGUUUUUUAACAAUUAUUAAUUAAAUAAAAUCACACUUUGAGACGCCACUGGAAUAAAUAAUGAAUGAAAUUUCAUAACACAAAUAAAAAUUUAGACAGAUCUAUUUGGCGACAAUCUCCAUCAUUUAGUAGUUUUUUACUUGUUUUAAUAGGACAAGGCACAGAUUUUGAUUUUUUUUUUCUUGAAAACAAAGCUAGAUACGAGUAAAGCUCAAGAGGCAAAAAGUUACAUUAUUGUACGCUUAAUCUAAAAAAAAAUUUUAACUGUCAAAAAAGCAGUGCCGUACUACAAUUUUACCUAUAAGUAUCAAGUAGGUAGCCCCCUGAGACGCCACUGGAAUUAAUAAAUUUAUUUUAUACUCACCAAAGGAAGGCCCUUAUGACGACAAAUAAGCCUACCAAAUUUUAUUUAAAUCGACUGAAAGGUUUUUGAGUAAUUAAUAAAAAUCCAAUUUUUUUUAAAAACUUUGACACCCUGUAUCUAGAAAACGAAGCGAGUUAGUACAUAUGAUUAUAUGAAAAAAUUUCUUAUUUUAGGCUGGUACAUACGCCCUUAAAAUCUUUGUACUCAAUUUUGAAUCACCCUGUAUAAUAAUAAUCAAAAGUGUCACAUCACAUAACCCUAUGUGUCAAUUGUCUUGUUUUUGCGCCAAGAACCGUGCUUCUUCUCCCAUUUGGCCUCGUCCGCAGAGGCACUUGGUGACUCGUCGGGUAUCCAGCCACCUUACGGACGGGAACCAGAGUUUCAUAAUGUUUAUAAAAAAAUAUAGCAAUAAUAGACUAAUUUUCUUAACAAAUACACACAAUGUGGCUAUAUAGAAAUUUUCAUUCAAACACUUUCUUUUGACCAAAUAGAAUUUUUAUUUCUAAAAUAAUACAGGCGUUUAACAGUAAUACGAACAUUGACACUAAAAGUUUGUACCAACUAACUAACUUCGGGAAGGUAAAAAAGGUAAAAUAAAAAAGGAUUUAAACAAGUUAGGAAAAAAUUAUACGAGCCAUAAGAUUUACAGCGUCUACAUACCUAUCACCUCUCUUGCGUUCGAUAAUACCUACUUUUAUCAAUCGUCAGGCUUCAAGCUAACUAAAGUUUAGUAAUGAUGAACUGUGCCGAAUUGAACGAUGAGAUUGAAGUUGUCAUAAGAAUAAUAUAGUCACAUUUUUAUUAAUACGCGUUACUAAUAUAAUAAUUAAUAUUCAAUGUAUUACUUCCACUAAAUAAAGUGGGUAUUUUAUUGAUUUGAUAAUCAUAAGAAAUAGUAUAUUUAAAUAUCUGUUAUUGAUAAUAAUAUAAAAGUAUUAUUUACUAGAAACCAAAUAAAUUAAUGUUUCCAGCUUUUUCUGUUUUACUUCAUUCCUGUUCUGUCCUUAUUUAUUUUUCACUUACCAACGUUGUACAUUGUGAUAUUUCCUUCUCGUUUCUUACCACUAAACGAGUAUUUUUCAUUUGAUCAGACACCUUAAUGCUUUAAUACCUUGAUUUGUUAUAAAAAGUCAAACUGUAAUUUACAUAUUGGUAUAGUAUAAAUAAAAGAGGGGUGCAGUAAAAGUAGAGACACAAAUUAUCAGUUUGAUGGUGAGUAAAAUCACCCACUAAAUUUUUCAUAUCAAGUUUACAUUUGUAUAGCUUUCAAAAAAUAUUUUUUGUAAAAUUUGACAUCUUCACCUAAUUUUCUAAUUGUAGUUAUUCUGAAAAGUCUAAAAAAAUAAUACCAUUUGAAAAUAUAAUAUAUGCGAGUUUGAUAACCAGCAAAAAAAGUUCAUACCGUGACGUUUUAUAUUAUAUGAUGUACUGCGUAGUCUAAUUGGCUCAUUAACAAUAAUGAGCAUUUUAAACGAAAAACUAAUUCAUAAAUUGUGCUUAUAAUAAUUAAAAGUAGGAUAGUUAUGUAAUUUAAAAUAUAAAAAGUUACCCAUAAAGCAUGAAGGUACUUGGCCAAGUUUCAACUUACAUAUUGUUAUUAAUUUAAAAAUAUUUAUAAUAAAUAUUUACUAAUUAACCAUGUUAUCUGCACACUAAGUCAAUUGUGUUAUUGUAUAGUUCUCUAUUAAUAUAAAAGGCACACAUCAUUCUUUUCAUAUCUUUAUCACUUUCUAUGUUUCAUACAUACCUCCACAUAUUUCCUGUCUGUUCAUUUUAUAAUUUAAGAUGAGUAUACCGAUAUUUACUUUCUCCUCACAAUAUUGGUAUUUUAUCAAUAUUGUGAAGCUAUGCCAUAAAAGCUACAAAACAAAUCUUUUACGUAUAUGCCGUUCAGUUUGUUUUUAAAUCAAGGGCGACUAGGAUAAUCAAUCAUAGCACACUCUGUAUAGCAAUUAGAUAGAAUAAAGACAAUAUUUAAAGUGUCCGCACCAGCGUUGCCAGAUGAAAAUAUGCUGGAACAAUAGAUGGGUAGGAAAAAAAACAGUAGGUCAUCGAAACUAAACAGUAGAUUUUAAUACAGGGGGAAAUAAUUAUAAUUUGCAGUUUAAUAAAUAAAAAAACUCCAUUAGAAAGGAAAAAUAAAUAUUUUUUGCUUUUAUACACAAAUUAGAAAUAAAAACAAUAAAAUAUGUAAAACUUAAUGUCGGGGAACAAAAAAUAGGAAAAAUAAUAGGUAUUUCUUUCAAAUACGUUGUGUUCGUCAUGCAUUUUCUUAUUAUGACGCCCUAUUAAUUUUUUGGUGCAUUUUUAAUCAAAACAUGAUGAUUAUCUUAAAUAUUUUUUUGUGUAGGGCAAAUUUACUAAAGAAUCUAUUCUUUGUACAUUUGCUAAAGAAUAAGACAAAUUCAAUAAAACAAGAACAACAUUUGCCAAGUUCGCGAAAACAGUAGAUUUUAUGCCUAAAACAGUAGAACAGAGACAAAAAACAGUAGUUCUACUGUUAAAACAGUAGGUCUGACAACAGUGGUCCGCACCUUUGCAUUACACUUUAACGUCAUGUAUCAAACUCGAGCUAAUAGAGCUUGACGAGAAUAAAUAGCUUCAUUUAAAUGAUAUAAAAACAUUUUCAUUUCGUCAAUAUUUAAAUAUAAAAUUAUUGACUUUAAAAAAUCAACGUACGACUUUAAGUCGCCAUUUUGAUUACUUUUUUAUCUCUCGAAGUGCGUCCAUCUAUCAUAUAAAAAAAUAUUUCUCUACUUCGUUCUAUCUCGAUGUUCUGUAAUAAUACUGAGACUGUCAAAGUUAUUAUUCACACACAGCUCGCAAAAGAUGUAAUGUUGCCACUUCACUUUCUGUUUUUCCUUGAAUAUUUUAAACUUUUUUAUUUCAUUUUAACCAAACACAAGAUGGGUAUCUGUUUGGGCUAUAAGACAAGGCCAUCAAAAAGAAGACACAAGGCAAACAUAAGGUUGUUCCAACAACGAUCUUAAAACAAUACAUAAACCAGUACAAGACUUAUUGUUGACAAUCUAUCGACGACUAGUAAUUGACAACCUGUCAGGGACUGGUCGGGGAUUUGGACUCAACUGGGAACUCGAUUAUGUUGGAACACAUUUUUUAAAUACACAGUGAAAUAUGUCAAAUUUCCAUGGAAAUCCUGGAUUUAAAAAUAAACUGAACAUAUAUUUAAGAAAUUUUACUAUAACUUAGAUAACAUAACGUUAAUUGAAUAUAAUUUAUUGUUAGUAUUUUAUAUAUACUGCCACUUUGUAACGUCUUAAAAUAUAAAAAGAGCAAAGUGCUGUAAAUUGCCAAAAUGUUUAUACGAAUACGUUCUGUAGUCUCAUUUGUUAAUAUUGUAC